GUUCAAGUGACGUUAACUUUAGUGCCUCUGCAGCAAUUUCUCAAUCAUUUGAUGUUAAUACAAUGCAAGUUUCUCCGGGAUCCACUAUGUACUGGACACCUGUUUGUGACCCUGCUUUUAAACCGCAUGUUGGUAUGUUGUUCAAUAACUUAAAUGAUGGUAUGCGUUUUUAUGAUCAAUAUGCAUCAAUUUGUGGUUUUGAAUCACGUAAAAGCAGUCAACAUAGGGCUCGUGAUGGUGUUAUUGUGUGGAAACAUAUGGUGUGUAAUAGACAGGGUUUCAAAAACGUAACUAAAGCUAAGACGGUUGCAUCUAAGAGUGAUUCUUGCAAGAAUGCGGAUUUAGAUAAUCAGUUGAGCACUGAAAAUGAAGACUUCACUGCUGCAACUGAAUUAUGUGAAUCUGAUGGAUCUGCAAAUGAAGACCAACCUGACGUUGAAGAUUUACCAACUCCGGGUGUAUGUGUUGAUGAUGAAGACAAAAAAAGACUCACAGUUUCUAAUAGGUGUGAUUGCAAAGCACGUGUGGUGUUUAGGCUUGCAUGCAUGAAUGGAUACAAAAUUACAUUCUUCGAGGAGAGGCAUAAUCAUUCCAUGUCUUCCGCUUCUUCGAUGCCAUUCUUAAAAGUUAAUAGGAAACUUGACAUUGGUCAUCAAUUUUUUUUUGGAUUGUGCUAAAGCAAACAUUGGUACAAUGAAAUGCUACCGAUUGUAUAAGGAAACUGUUGGGGGUUAUGCCAAUAUUGGUGCUACGUCCGUGGAUUUUAAAAAUUUUAAACGUGACUUGAAGGCUUAUUUAGUUGGCGUGGAUGCCCAAAUGUUGAUAGAUAAGCUAUUUAGAAAGAAAAAGAUCUGUUCAGCCUUUUCAUUUGAGUAUGAUGUUGAUGAGAGUGACCAGUUGACACGCAUUUUUUGGGCGGAUCCAGUGUGCAUAAAGAACUAUGCUUUAUUCGGGGAUGUUGUUUCUUUUGAUGCUACAUAUGAGACAAACAGGUAUAACAUGGUUUUUGCCCCUUUCACUGGCGUUGAUAAUCAUAAAAAGUGCAUUACUUUUGGCGUGGGUUUGUUGUUGAAAGAGGAUGUGGAAUCUUAUACUUGGUUGUUUCGUUGUUUUUUAAAUGCAAUGGGACGGGAACCUGAGUGCAUCAUAAAAAAUCAAGACCCAUCCAUGAAAAUUGCUAUUCCACAUGUCUUCUCUACAACAUGUCACAGAUUUUGCAUGUGGCAUAUAAUGUCCAAGGUGAGUUCGAAAGUUGGUCCGGUUUUGAGUAAAGACUCAAAUUUUAUGAAGGAAUUGAAUUCUAUUGUCUGGAGUCAUUAUUUGCAGCCAACUGAAUUUGAGAUGAGAUGGGCUAAUAUAAUGAGAGAAUAUGACCUACUUGAUCAUAAUUGGUUCUCGCACAUGUUUGAGAUCAGGAGGUUGUGGGUUCCUGCUUAUUUUGGUGAUCUUUUCAUGGCGGGUUUACUUAGGACUACAUCACGUUCUGAAAGUGAAAAUAAUUUUUUCAAUGAAUUCACAAAUCCUAAUUUCAGUUUGGUUGAGUUUUUUAUGCAGUUUGAGAGUGCAAUGGAUUCUCAACGACAUAAGAGUGCACAAUUGACCAAAGUUUCUGAGUCCUCCAUCCCCGAGUACAAGACUCCAUUACACAUUGAAAGAUAUGCUUCCUCUGUUAAUAAUCAUUCAAUUUUUUAUCUCGUUCAGAAGGAAAUAUGUUACGCCUGUUUUUCUUGUGCCGUCCUUAGUCUCCAGCAUGAGGGUUGUGUUUUUACGUAUGUCAUAUCAGAUGAACGAGCUUUACAUUUCACAGUUGUGCACAAUACGAGUGACGGUACUACACUUUGCUCUUGUAAACAUUUUGAAAGGAUUGGCAUAUUGUGUCGUCACAUUUUUUUUGUGUUGAAAGAUAAAAAGGUCAACGCAAUUCCAGAUAGAUAUGUGCUACGUCGAUGGUGCAAAGAUUCAAUUCUAAAGCCCCUUAAUGCUUUUGAAGAUGGUGUUUUUCAACAGUGUGUUGGCACUGAAGAACAAACAGUAGCUAUGAAGACAUUGUGGUCUGAUAUUCAUUUUUGUGUUGGAAUGAUUGAGUAUCAACCUCACUUGUUUCAGCAGUUUUCAGAUGCCAUUAAAGUGCAAAAGGAAUUAUUGUCUAGCUCUCAACCAAGUAUUGCAGCAGCAACUUCAAAAAGUGAUGUUAUCAAAGGUUUUUAUGGGUCGCCUAUUCCUACACAACUUAGCGUGCAUCCACCUCAGCAGGCUCGAAAUAAGGGUUGUGGUAAGAGGAUUAAAGGUGGCAAGGAGAAAGCAAUUGAAGUGAGCCAGAAGACUAAGAGAUUAUGUAGAACAUGUAAUCAAAAAGGGUAUCAUGACAGUAGGAAUUGUCCUUUAAACUCUGAUGAAUGACCAUUCUUUUAGUAAUUGUAAUUUGAACUCAUACGAAUGAUUAUUCUUUUUAAUUUAUUGUUGCAAUUCUUUGUUUUGGUUUUACAUUACCAAAUAUUAUAAAUUAGUACCCAUUGAUA